AUGGCCGAAAACGAGCUGACUCCGCACCCCCACUUCCUGUGUCUGAACACCGGGCUGAAGUCCCACUUCCUGUGUCUGAACGCCCACUUCCUGUGUCUGAACACCGGGCCGAACUCCCACUUCCUGUGUCCGAACGCCCACUUCCUGUGGCCAAACGCCGACUUCCCGUGUCUGAACGCCCACUUCCCGUGUCUGAACGCCCACUUCCUGUGUCAGAAACCCCACUUCCUUUGGCCGAACGCCCACUUCCUGUGGUUGAACGCCCACUUCCUGUAG